AUGGAUUGUAGGCGCCAUGUUCUGCAACCCAUCGUCCAAUUUCGCGAUGCUCAAGAGCGGAUCCGGCGUCGUGUCAAAGACGACCUGAAGCUCUGCGUGGACGACUAUGAAGACAUGCUCACGUCAACGCUUCCACGGAUUCGCAGGAAUUACGAGCGGCGCUGCGAAGAACACGAGUUUUACCGACACCAGCAACGUGCUAUUGAAGAAUCACGCCAGCUUCUUUCAUCUAGCUCACAGGCGUCAUCAUCAGUGAAUGACCGCACACCUCCCGAGCCCCAAGAACGAUACCGCUGGUCGGGUGAUGUCGCAACACUAACACAGAACGAAUCCAGCAACACUGGUUCACCGUCGCAGGGGAAUCGCUCUUUUCUCGAAACGUUUCGAAAGCGUGAUGCUUGGGAUCAGGCGCCCAAGCGACUGAACGCUCUCUUUUCUCGCAUGCUAGACGUGUCCGAUCGAAGUCCAGUCACCGAAUCUAUCCCAGGCUCGGGUACAUUUUUUCCGAGCCAUAACACAACACCUGAUAUGCCGUCAGCCGGCGGCUCGACAGAACAGCCGGGCAUGACAAGCAAAGCUCUCCAGUCGCUUGCCGUCAAGCAGGCCAAAGCACGCCGUGAGAUGGAUGAAUCUGAUCAGACCUACCGAAAAGCAAUUUUCGACUUGGAGACGUUGCGGAUUCGGAGAAACAAGGCACUAGACGCAGCAGUCAAAAGUCUGCUGGAAUGGCGGCGCGAGCUUAGCAUCACGAUGCAGCAAGUAACGCUCGAGCAUGUGCGUCGAAAGAUGGCCAUGCGGACCUCUAUGGACUCGGUUCAUCAACAGGACGAGCAACUUGCCUUGCAAAUGCUUGACAACUUUGAAGAAGAGCAGAAGGUGUGCGAGCAGUGGAUGCCCAAUACACGCGCUCUGAUUCAGAAUGAGCGGGUCAAGUAUGUAAACUACUUCCAUGGCCCUUUUAAUGACUUGGUCUUUGGUACGGGACUCGUGGACUAUGCAUUUUCUCAUGGCGACUUUCAAACACCAUCCAUCAUGACAGGAAACGGUCUUAUUUUGCCUAUGGUACGGCCGCCUCUGAUUCUUAGCAAGUGCAUCGAUUUCCUUGAGCAGCCGCGGUGCAUCCAGACCCCAGGCUUAUAUCGCUUGAGUGGGAAACAUUCACGCAUCCAGGCACUGACGAGUGUGAUCGAGCAGGAUGAGUCAUCCUUCCAAUUCGACAUGGCGCACGAAGACCCGACACUCGUUUCUUCCAUCCUUAAACUAUAUUUACGACAGUUGCCAGAGCCAGUCAUGGCGAUGCGGUGGGAAGAGCGCCUAAAAUACACGCAUGAACGUGAAGAGCACAUCCGAAAUGGUUUUGCAAAUUUCAAGUCCCGAAUUCGUCGUAUGCCCCCCAUUCACCAGGCAACUCUUCGUGCACUGUUAAUGCACCUGUCGCACGUCGCAUCGUACUCUGCGUUCAACAAGAUGACAAUUCCCAACCUGGCUGUGGUAUUUUCGCCUGUGGUUCUUGCUGAGAAGACGAACCAGACGGCCUCGUUCGCAUCCGCUACGGAAGAAGAUUGCACGCUCAUUGAUCUCAUUACUUACUGUUCCGACAUAUUUUCUGUCCCGCGAUCCUCCGAGCACCCUCUUCCGCCACCACCUCCUCCGGAACGUUCACCACGUUAUGAACGCGAUGGGGAUAUAGGUGCAGCGACUGCCGAUCACUACGAUUUUGGUGAUGCGUCGACGAGCUCAUCUAUGGAUGCAAAUCACGACGAAUAA